AUGGCGGGCCCGGGGCCGGCGGGCGGGGCCGGCAGGGUCCUGAGCGAGGGGGCCGGCGUGGCGUGGCCACUGCUCGGGGGCCGCGGGCUUCUAGACACUGGGAGGGCGAAGCAGAAGAGCCGGUUAAUGCAGCCACAAGCUCGAAAAACUUUUCUAAGUGGAGAGGAAACCCGGCCCGGCCGCAGACGCGGGGGUCACUCGGCCCUGGCCCGGCCGGGCGGGGCGGGGACAGGCGGCCGCGCGGCCCGGGACGAGGGCGCACGGCCGGAACAAAUGAAUUUCCUCCGAGGAGCAGUCAACAUCGCCCCGACGUGGAAGGCAGGCAGGCAGGCAGCUCCGCGGGCCGGCGCGCGGCGGCAGAGGGCGGCGCGCAGCGACUAUUGUUUAACGGGGACUGGGCGAAGCCUCCCAGCAGUUCGAACCCCACAGCGGGCCGCAGUUCCAAAACUCGCGCGGCCAAGGCGCGCCGUCCGCAUCUGGGGGUCAGAGUGCCCUGAGUGCGUGGGCCGCGGCCCUCCCCGGAGCCCGCCGCCCCGGGGCUCGGUGGGCCAGAGGGUUUGCCACUGCCGGCCGCCGGGCACCGGGGGAGCCGGCCCCUCCUCGUCCAGUCCGUUCCCGCUCGGCGCACCCGCCCUCCCUUUGCUCGCCCCCGCCCGCCCCGCGGGCCGCCCUCCCCCGGCUGUCCCCUGCCCCUCGCGGCUGAACUGGGGACUGCCAGACAGCCCGGCGCGCUCCGAGGAGCAGGCGGCAGGGGACGCCCGGGCCACCUGGAACCCUGGCCUGCCUUCGGCGCAGCCACCCAGCGGGGCCCGGGCUCGCCCCUGCAGCUCCCGCCCGGCCAGGCCUCCCGCGGCCGCCGGGAGGGAGCCGUUCGCGGCGGCGCUCUGCAAACCUGCCUCCCAGAAACGAAAUCUGCCCGCUCUGACAGCUUGGUUCAAGGUGAUUGAUGACUCUCUGGAGACCACAGAACUGCCGGAAACCAAGCGCUUCCCCACGGACAAGGCAGCGCCUCGAUUUUGGUCAGAUGCCCCCACGGGCCUGCUAAAUUCCAAGGGAGCCGGGGCUUCGCCCCUGAGACCAGUUGAGCCCCCGAGGUCUGACCGGUCCCAGGAGUCGUCCCCUGAGGCCUCCGCUCCCCUGCCCCGAGAGUCGAGCGGGCACGGCGCGGGGCUGGGGGGCCUGCUCCAGCUCAGAGAAGUUGACCCGAGCCAGGAGGCUGGGGCGGGGGCGCGCAGCCCAGGGCAGGGCCUUCCUCUCUCAGGCGCCUGGCCCAGUCCUGGGGGCGUGCGUGCCGCCCACUGCUCUCGGACACCGGGCGGGGUGUGGGGCUCGGGGGUUCUAGGUGUCCCGAAGCCCCACUCGCGAACCCCGAGCCUGGCGUGUCGCUCUUUCGCAUCCUCUGAGGUCUCCCGCGAAGCCCGGAGCGGGCUGCAGGCGCGCGGGAUGAGUCUUCCUCGCGAAACGCCCCGCGCUCCGGCCCGUUCCCUCCCGCUUUCCCACCGCGGCCCCGCCGCUGGCUCCCAAGGCGCCGCCCGAGCCGGGAAGGCUGGCAGCCGGGCGUCCCAGCGCAGGCUCCCGGCUCCGCGAGGCCCCGGUGCCCCAAGCCGCCCCCGCCCCCCGAUUUCCCUCCACUUGCGCCCGACGCGGCCGCCUCCAGAGACCCCACCGGCGGGCAGCAAACUUUGUGCCCCCAGCGCAACAGCGAUCCUCGCAAAGUUUGCGCGGCCGGGCCCACUCCCUACCUGCGCCGGGGACGCGCCCGCCCGCGCCGCUCGGGCGCCGGGGCCGCGGAGAGCAGCGCGCAGCCCGGGACGCACCGGGGAGUCGCCGCCGCCGCCGCCGCCGCCCGCGCCCCUCGGCGGCCGCGCGGAGCCUCCGCCUCCCCGGCCGGGGGGAGGGGUCUCGGAGCCCCGGGGCGGGGGCGGGCGCGGGGACCUCGCCUACCUGCGGUGGCGCCGGGCCACUGCGGAGCACCUGGCGAGCGAGCGGAGCGCGGCGGCGUCCCCAGGCGCCGCGGUCGUCAGCCGAGCCCGCACCGGCGUGACGUGGGCGAGCGAGCGCGCGGCUCCCACCCGGCCGCCCAUUAACGCUUUCCCCCCGCGGGCGCCGCGCGCUCGCCGACUUUUCCCCUCCGCCCGGCCGGCGCGGGGCGACCGGGGCGCGCGGGGCGCGGGGGGCCGGGGCGAGGGGCGCCCCCGGACGGCGGCGGGGUGGGGGGCGGGGGCACCCCGGCUCGAGAGGACCCUCCGGCCGGAACAGGAGGGCCGCGCUCGGGCCAAGCGCUCGAGGCGGCCUCGGGGUCCACGGCCCUUCAGAGGGCCCUCCCCGCGCCCGGCUUUGCUUCUUGGGGCCUCCGGAGCCGCUCCGGGACCGGACCCCAGGGUCUCCCCGCUCCGCUCAGCCCCUCUCUCGCCAGUCCUCACUCCCCAGCCCUGUCUUGGCCUUAGUAUCCAGCGGAGCGCCCGGGUGCUGAAGGCCCGGUGCUCCUUGGAGGGGGCUGGGGUCCUGGCUCCGGGGCCUGCCUCUCUCUCGCCCCUCCCCCCACGCUGCCCAUUCACCCUGGGGAGCCCACGUUCCCCCUGUGUCCCCGCUAGGCCCCCACCGGAUCUGACGGACCUGACGCUCAGGGCAGCAGGCCCUGGGCUGGGCGAGAGCCUGGUUGUGGGCAGGGGGCUUGGGCAGGUGGAUCUGGGUGUGUCCAGGCGACAGGGCCUGCUUGGGGACUAG